CGGAAAGUCUCAAUGCGACCUGUCCAGUUUGAAGCCAGAACCCAGCAACCAUGAUCAUCAGACAGUUUUGUGCCCGGCAUGGGCGGACAGUGUUGACGCAGUCAUCGCGGACGGUCACUCGAACAUAUGCAACAACUAUCUCCGCCGACAAUCCCACAUUUCGACCCUCAGAACGAGAUGCUAAAGGGACGACUAGAAUACCAGGCCAUCCCGACGACCCCUCAAGCAUCCUUGACACGAUUGAUCGCGCUCCAACGGCCGCGACGAGGCUACUAGAAGAAAUGGUCGAGUCGCACCACAAAUCCAUCCGUGCUCUUCAAGCAGACAUCAAUGCACACGCUACUGCUCGAGCAACGUCGAAACCCGCAUCCGGCUCGACCUCAAGCACUACUCCUCCAUCCACUCAAGAUGCCCUGCCUUUCCGAAAUCUAAAGGAGUUGAACCGUCACCGGCGCGCAAUGCAGAGAGCUACUCGUCAAGGGACGCAUCUAUCACAGACAUAUGACCCGUCUACAAUUCUUCGCAGGCCUCCAACAGUGGAUGAACUCACUCUCCCCAUGUUGCUGGCCAAUCAGACCCAUCUCGGUCACCAUACGUCGUUGUGGAAUCCUUCGAAUAGUGGCUACAUAUUCGGCGUAAGAGAUGGAAUUCACAUCAUCUCGUUAGACAUCACCUAUGCCUAUCUAAAGCGUGCGGCAAAAGUGGUCCAGGCGGUGGCAGAACGUGGUGGUAUCAUACUCUUCAUCGGGACUCGCAAGGGCAUGGAAGAGAUCAUUGUCAACUCAGCAAAACUGGCGGAAGGCUACCACAUUUUUCACCGAUGGGUCCCGGGUGCACUGACCAACGGGCAGCAAAUCCUGGGAGACUGUGGCGUCAAAGUGGUCGAUAUCCAUGACAAUCAAUUACCUCAGUACGAUGAUAUCCUGUCGAGAGGCUAUCAUCAAGUCAUGCGUCCAGAUCUGGUGGUUUGCAUGAACCCGAUCGAGAAUCAAGUUUGCCUGCACGAGUGUGGGAUAUUCAACGUCCCUACGAUCGGAGUCAUUGACACCGAUGCAAAUCCCACCUGGGUGACGUAUCCGAUACCUGCGAAUGACGAUUCCCUGCGAUCUAUUUCCCUCAUCGGCGGUGUGCUGGGUAACGCGGGCAAGGAAGGCCAAAGGCUGAGGAAACUGAGAGCAGCGACGGAGGGGCGCGCGACGUAUGACACCAGCGUGCUACAGGACAAGCUGGUUGCUCUGGAGGAAAUGGCCGCGUUGGAUGUGCAGCGAGGCGAUAGCGACAGUGCUGACGCAAACUGAAGCCCGGAGAAAAGGUCUGUCUUGCGAAUCCUCUGACCAGCUAAAUGGAUGCUGGGUCAGACAACAUCUGUGUACAGAUUUCCAUGUGUACAAUACUUAUUUACCUGGCCCUUUGAAUUAUAACACAUUACAAGAG